AUGCGUAAAAUCGCCAACGUUCUAGGAGAAGGUCCAAGUUCGUUCAGAACAAGGCUCAGUGUCCAACAUCCGCCGCCCGAUUACCACGCUGUUUUCGCGGAAAUGACUGGCGGCAACGACACCACUUUGGAACGUCUUAUGAAUCUGCAAACGUCACCGAACGCUUUAACAGCUACAGAAGUGGCUUUGAUACUCAGAAAAAGCUUCAGAGGAAGUCGAAUUCGAUCGCCUACCAGGAGUACUGCUGAACAAUUUUUGGCGUCGCUCAGUGCUGAGCAUUUGGUGGACGCCGAGGCUCCGAUUGGCGAGACUUUCUAUACUAUAGCGACUGGAGCUGGCCUAGCUAAAUUUCUAAGGCAAAGCAUCAGGCGCAGCAUGCGUAAAAUCGUCAACGUUCUAGGAGAAGGUCCAAGUUCGUCCAGAACAAGGCCCAGUGUCCAACAUCCGCCGCCCGAUUACCACGCUGUUUUCGCGGAAAUGACUGGCGGCAACGACACCACUUUGGAACGUCUUAUGAAUCUGCAAACGUCACCGAACGCUUUAACAGCUACAGAAGUGGCUUUGAUACUCAGAAAAAGCUUCAGAGGAAGUCGAAUUCGAUCGCCUACCAGGAGUACUGCUGAACAAUUUUUGGCGUCGCUCAGUGCUGAGCAUUUGGUGGACGCCGAGGCUCCGAUUGGCGAGACUUUCUAUACUAUAGCGACUGGAGCUGGCCUAGCUAAAUUUCUAAGGCAAAGCAUCAGGCGCAGCAUGCGUAAAAUCGCCAACGUUCUAGGAGAAGGUCCAAGUUCGUUCAGAACAAGGCUCAGUGUCCAACAUCCGCCGCCCGAUUACCACGCUGUUUUCGCGGAAAUGACUGGCGGCAACGACACCACUUUGGAACGUCUUAUGAAUCUGCAAACGUCACCGAACGCUUUAACAGCUACAGAAGUGGCUUUGAUACACAGAAAAAGCUUCAGAGGAAGUCGAAUUCGAUCGCCUACCAGGAGUACUGCUGAACAAUUUUUGGCGUCGCUCAGUGCUGAGCAUUUGGUGGACGCCGAGGCUCCGAUUGGCGAGACUUUGUUGGUUCCUGAUUCAGGUCCAUUGCCUGUUCCCGAUCAGGCUCCUUGUUUGGGGGUGCCCCUUCCGUCCGCAGGUUCGCGUCGUUCCCUGCUGUGCUGGGAGUCUCAGGGAUUCCCUGCUGGCCAGAGGGCUUCAUCGUCACCUGAGCCCUCGUAG